CACGGUCGGUGACAUAUACACGCACACAUUCAUGUUUGUGAUUGUAUUGCUUCAUAAAUAUUUUUCGCUUACGAUAGCCAUGCAGGAGGCAACCUGCGCUAAAUUUUUAUUAAAAUAAGUAGUUUUAAUAAUCUCCAAAUUAUGGAGCAGAGCAAAUCUAUUUCACCUAGACUAUUUGUGUGCACCGCCAUAGAAAACAAGGACGAAGUUGAGGAGAGGUACGAGAGGGCUUACAACUACUUCCAAUCACUUGUGGCCGACUGCAGCGAGAAAGAAGCUCACGAUGCACUCAACAACGCCGUGUGUAAGAACCAUGAAGACGUGUCUUUGGGAAUGCUCAUGUCCAUCCUCACAGAACCUCACAAUGCAACCAAGUGCUACAGGGAUCUUACUCUGGUGACGAGGGACGGCCUGACGUGCGUGCUCAAUAACCUAUCCACCCUGAUCCUAGAGAGGUACUUGAAGUUUCAUGAUACUACUCGUAACCAACUACUGUGGUUGAUAAAGGAAAUGAUAAGAAAUGCAGUCACCGGUGUGGACAGUGUUUGUUGGAACUUAAUGCGAUAUGCAUCUGGAGGAGAUAUUACUCCCAAAAACAUAAUACUGGUAGAAUCUCUUUUAGAUAUUUAUAUUGAAAAUCGGGCAUGGUUAGACAAGUUUCCUGUACUUAUUUGUAUGGUGGUGUAUACGUAUUUGAGAUUGAUAGAAGAUCACAAUAUUCCACAGCUGAUGGGCUUGAGACAGAAGGAAGUCAAUUUUGUGAUCACUCUCAUAAGAGAACGCUUUUCAGACGUGUUGACCCUCGGUAGAGAUCUGGUACGAUUACUACAGAAUGUUGCUCGUAUUCCUGAGUUCAACCAGCUGUGGCAAGAUAUUUUGUCAAAUCCCAAGACAUUAUGCCCUACUUUUACAAAUGUAUCACAAUUACUGCAAACGAGGACAUCCCGCAGAUAUCUGCAGUCAAGACUUACUCCUGACAUGGAAAGAAAACUUGUAUUUCUGACAUCUCAAGUUAGGUUUGGUCAUCAUAAGAAGUAUCAAGAAUGGUUUCAAAGACAGUACCUGGCUACUCCAGAGUCUCAGUCACUUAGAAGUGAUAUGAUUCGCUUUAUUGUUGGUGUAAUACACCCUACCAAUGAACUCCUUUGUUCUGAUAUCAUUCCACGGUGGGCAGUCAUUGGAUGGCUACUUACUACUUGUACUUCCAACGUAGCUGCAUCAAAUGCAAAACUAGCACUCUUCUAUGACUGGUUGUUUUAUGACUCUGAAAAAGAUAACAUAAUGAAUAUUGAACCAGCAAUCCUUGUCAUGCACCACUCAAUGAGAUCACAUCCUGCUGUUACUGCAACAUUGCUUGAUUUUCUAUGUCGAAUCAUUCCAAACUUUUAUCCACCAUUUGCGGAUAAAGUCAGGCAAGGCAUUUUCAAUUCACUUCAACAGAUCAUAGAGAAGAGAGUCCUUCCAAAUUUACAUCCCCUCUUUGACUCUCCUAAGUUGGACCGAGAACUUAGAACAACUGUGAGGGAAACUUUUAAAGAAUUUUGUACCAAUGGAAAUGGUGAAGGUGUUUCAGGAAUUCGUGAAGAAGGAAGUGAUGACUUACCAAGAGGUGGUCCUGAUGAGCCUGCAUUUUCUGAUGAUGAGGAGGAAAAUACUCCUAAUAUUGCUGAAGACACAGAUGAUGAUGAUUUGCCAUUGUCAGAGGUCCGUGCGAGAGAGCGACCCGAACUGGCAGCUGCUAUGCCUCUCAUGUUGCGACCUCUUGCAGAGACAUUAUUAGAUGACCGCACUUCCGCGGCAGCCACUGCUCUGAUUAACGCGUGUAGCUCGCCGAUGCCGACUCCUACUGCUCUGGCUGAUCUAUUUACCGCUGCCGUGCAAGAAGUUCCGCCUUUAAAAAUAAGCCGAACUCCAACUCAAGCAGAGAUCGAUGUUGCUCUAAAUUCACCAAUCUUUUCCAUGUUCACUUUUCUAACGAGCAGUGACGAAGCCAAGCGUAAACUUGUAUUAGAAACAUUUAAAGAAAUCCAAGCUCAAAAUACCCUUCGUACUGUUGGUUUCUGUUUGUUGUUUUAUUUAAAAGUUUGUUAUGAGCGGGAUAGGCGCGGCGAACGCGACGCAGCCAAAAGGAGAAACGUUAAAUUCAAAGCAGAUGUAUAUAAAGAGUAUUGUAGCUAUUUAGAGAUAAAGCUGGCUGAAAGUUUAGCUGAUGACUUCGAGAGGUGUCAGGAAUGUGAUGCUAAUGUUUUGGUGUGGUUGAUCCCUGAUGUGUACAGAGAGUUCAAAGAUCAGGCUCAAAACCACAUACGACUGUUACAUUCUAUUGUUUCAACAUUGGACGCGGGUCAGCUACAGCGGCUCGUAUGCUUGACCCUCCAGGGCACUCUGAUGAUGUUCAAGUCAGAUGACAUAACAUUAAUGCUGUCGACAAGCUUGGGGUGGGAGACCUUUGAGCAAUAUUGCCUUUGGCAACUUUUAACAGCGCAUGAUAUAUCUGUUGAGGACGUUUUGCCGAUCAUACCCAAAUUACAGUAUAAAGAACAUGCUGAAGCACUCACAUCCGUGCUUUUGAUGUUAAAACAGGAGAAACCCACUGCCGAUGUAGUGCGACAGUUAUUCUGCCGAGCUGUAGAUGACGAAGACACAUUUGUUGUAUCAACUUUAAUGUAUUGGUGCCAAGACUAUGAGGACAAAGUCGGCGAUUUACUUUCAGUUCUUUUAAGCACAAGAUAUCCGGGUACCAGUCCCAACAAGAGAAAACGUCCUGGGAAACAUAGCAUUCCGCCUAACGCUCCGCCUUCUGCAGAACUGGUGCUUGGCCACUUGGAGCAAAUGAGAGUGUGCUGUGUGGAACAAAACGACAUGUCAAUUUUUAAUAUGGAGUGUAUGCAGAAAGCACUUCAACAAGCGCAGUCGAAUAGUAGUGAUAGUUUAAGGAGACAAUAUAGUGAUUUACUUGCUUUGGCGUGGGAGGACGAGUUGCCUAUAUCAAGACGAGCCCGAAAAUUAGUUUCAAAUUCAUUACCAUUAAACCAGAAUCUGCAUUCAUCUAAUGAAGAUAGUGAGGAGGAAGAGAUAGUAAAACCGAAGCAGGCUAAGCGAAGAAAGAAGGCAAUCUCGGAUAGUGAUUGACAUAUCUUUUGUAGAAAGAACGGUAAUUUUAAACACCAAAGUGCAACUCUACAAUACAAUAAAUAUUAGUAGUAUGUGUAAUACAUUGUUUGUUACCUUAUGUUAUUACACAGGUGCAAUUCCAAGAAUGGUACCUAGUUCACUGUCGCAUAAUUUUGCCUUGGUACUGUGUAAAAGUAAUUUAUCGUGAGUUAAAUUCAUGGUUUAUCAGAUAUUUUUUGGUGAAAUUGUUUUUUUUAUUUUGAAUUCUGAUUUUUUUAUUCCCAACGGCUAUGGUAGUAGCAUGUUGUGACUC